AUGCAGGGAAACCAGAGUGAGCCGCGCAUCAACGAUGCUGGGCAAAUUGUCACUAUCUCGCGCGUGUACGCCGAUGCCAACGCCAAGAUGCCCAAUGCGUACUGGGACUACGAAAACCUGGAGGUCGAGUGGGGAAGCCAGGAGAGCUAUGAGAUCAUCCGCAAGAUCGGGCGCGGCAAGUACUCCGAGGUAUUUGAGGGAAUCAACGUGGCCAAUGACCAGUCGUGUGUGAUCAAGGUGCUGAAGCCCGUCAAGAAGAAGAAGAUCAAGCGCGAGAUCCAAAUUAUGCAGAACUUGUCCGGCGGCACCAACAUUAUCCAGCUGUACGACGUGGUCCGGGAUCAGCACUCGAAGACGCCAUCGUUGAUUUCGGAGUACGUGAACAAUACGGACUUUAAGGUCCUGUAUCCCAUGUUUACCGACUUUGAUGUGCGCUACUAUAUCUACGAGCUGUUGAAGGCGCUGGACUUUGCACACUCGCGCGGCAUCAUGCACCGCGAUGUCAAGCCGCACAACGUGAUGAUUGACCACGAGAAGCGCACGCUGCGUCUGAUUGACUGGGGGCUUGCUGAGUUCUACCACCCGGGCACGGACUACAACGUGCGGGUGGCGUCGCGGUACUUUAAGGGGCCCGAGCUGCUGGUCGACUACAUGCCCUACGACUACUCUCUUGAUAUGUGGAGCCUGGGUUGCAUGUUUGGCAGCAUGAUUUUCCGCAAGGAGCCGUUCUUCCAUGGCCACGACAACUACGACCAGUUGGUGAAGAUCGCCAAGGUCCUGGGCACGGACGAUCUGUUGGCGUAUCUGAAGAAGUACAAUAUCGAGCUAGACACCCACUACAACAAGAUUAUGGGUGCGUACCCGCGGAAGAGCUGGCACAAGUUUGUCACGAUCGAGAACCAGCGCUUUGUGUCGCCCGAGGCGAUCGACUUCCUCGACCGGCUACUGCGCUAUGACCAUAUGGAGCGCCUAACGGCCAAGGAGGCCAUGUCCCACCCGUAUUUCGACCCAGUCAGACAGAAGGCCGAGGAAAGCAUCGCACAGUGA